AUGUCUGGUGAUGCUUCUUCGAGCUCAGCUUCAUACGAUGCAGCAGCGAGGGUUAUUGCUAGAUUGGUGGAAAUCGAAAAGAGUUAUAAAGAAGCUGGAGGCUCCUCUACUAUAUCUAUGGAGGAGAUUCGAGCUCAAUUUGUGGAGGUCAUACCAUUCCAUUCAAAGAAUUGGUAUAGACAUUGGUCCAACUUUGCUAUUAAACUUGUCAAACAUGAUAAAGAUGCAGGACAUCCGGUGUUCAAAAACCACUUACCAAUGCCCACGACAACUCCAAGAUCAAACAACGAUAGGGUUUACAUAUUUAACCCUUCCGACAAUCCUGAGUACCCUCCGGAUUUAUCAAGACCGAUGUCGCCUUCUGGAGAGGUACCAACGGGGAUUUCAACUUCCACGAAUAAUAAUCAAGUUGAACCUACAGUACUUACCGACAAAGAAAAGAUUGCUAGGUUAUCAAGACAGAACUAUGAAACCCAGAGUCGUCUCAAUUCUCUUCUUUCUCUACAUGAAUCAAAUGAGAAAGGCAAACGUAAAAAGCAUCACAAAAAAGAUGACACUUCCGACUCUUCGUCUGACUCUUCAACAAAGUCUGAAAAGAAUGCUAAGAAAUAUGCUUUCAUAUCAAAGAAGAAAGUUACCGACAAACCAACAGCACAUUUUACUCCGGGUGCUUUGUUAUUUGCAGCAGACGUCAAAGGUUACGACACGAGUAUCGUUCAGGCAGUCAAGUACUUCAACAAUUCGGCAAAACCGCCAGAUUUUCCAGAGGUCCUUACAAAGGAACUUCUUUUGGGAAAAUUUAUCGACAUCAGACGGAUUAAAGGUGAACUGCUUAAUCCAAAGAAAGGAGACACGACUUACACGGCGUCUGGUAGAGAAAAAGGUUUGGAAGUUUUGAAGAAUCUUACUCAAGAAAUCAGUGAAUUGGCAGAGUGGCUCUAUUACUUUGGUAUUCUCAAAAGGGCGAUUAAGGCGGCUUUUCCGGAUUGUGAAACGUAUAUUUCCAAAUAUGGGAAAUAUAUCAAGUCUCAAUUUUGGUUGGCUGGAAUCAUGGCUAACUGGAAGAAUAUUGCGGGGUAUGAUGCAGCCUUUAGAGCUCAGGUCGCGAAUAGGAAAUAUAUUUCUUUUGCAGACUGGGACCAUAAGGACUGUGAGGUUCUUAAAACUCAGUUCUUUGGAAGUGCAUACUAUCAACAAAGUUUUGGUAGUUCUGUUCCUUUUAGCCAUGUUGCUUCGAUAACCAAAGGCAACGACCAAACUUUAGUUCCGGUAACGCAGCACAAGCACAGAAACCGUUUGAUUCAGAUAAAUAUCAUUCUUGGUUUAAGCACGGUGGGAAAUUUCCAAUUGAGGACUCUGCUCUUACCCCUAAAACACAUGAACAAUUCUGUUUUAGUUGGAAUAAGAAAGGUGUUUGUGCAGUGGGUCCUACGUGUAAACGGCUUCACUUUUGUAACGUCCGGGGAUGUCAUCAGAAACAUUUUGGACGUGAUCACACCUGAAGAGUACGCUUUGGAGCAAUAUUUGCGAGGAUAUCAGUGGGAUAGUACUUCGCCAAAAGGAUAUUCGGCGGCUAUUGAAUCAAGUUUAACGGCCGAUCCUUUUCCGGAUCCUCCUUCUCUAGAAAUUGACGAGGACACGGCAUUUAUUCUAAAACAAUACGAUAUUUAUUCAAAGUCCAAACUCCUUAUAAUGGAAGGAUUUUGGCCGACUUCAUCUCUUCCAACUUCAGAAAUCUCCGAUAUACCUAAUCACAAAUCAUGUCUCGAGCAUCAAGCUUGGCUAGAAGAUCAAUGCGAAGGAGAAAUAAUUAAAGGUCGCUAUUCCGAAGAAUUCACGACACUUCUUCCGGGUAUGAAUGUGAUUCCGCUUUUGAUGGUCUCAAAGAAGAAUUCGAAAAAGAUGCGCGUGUGUACCAAUAUGAGUUUUGGAAAUCCAUCGCCGAACGACUUAGUGGAUAAGAAUAAAAUCAGAGUAUCGUAUGAUUCAUUAAAGUCUUUUGCGCCUUAUUUUAUGGAAGAGAAAAGAAAGCAUGGGAAAGUUACAGUUUUCAAGUCAGAUGUUGAAGGUGCUUUCAGAACACUUCCAGCACAUCCUCAAUAUCAAAUCCGACAGGUGUUGAGAAUUCGUCAGGGUGGUAAAUGUCGUUGUGACCACAACCUUACCUUUGGUCAUUCAGAUUCUCCACAUAUAUGUAUGAUGGAUGAUGUUUGGGGUGUUGCUGAUGCAAAAGAUUGGAUUACUUUUAAGGAUCACAAGAUUCCAGGGCCUCAGGCGAAAUUACUUACUGUCUUUGAUAUUCUGGGUGUUCCAUGGGUAUGGAAAAAGCAGCUUCAUGCAGGGUCGCGUUGGAGGUGA